AUGCUAAGCUAUAUUGGGAUGCUCUCAGUCGGACUGGCUCUAGAAUCUCUCGUCACGCUACUUACAGUAAGAUUCAUACCUUUUUUUAUGCUCAUGUGGAUUAUCACGAACAUUUCCGUGUGUAUAUUCCCGAUCGAGGUCCUCCCAACACGAGAAACAUAG